AUGUUCUGCACACGCUGCCUCCGCAGCGCCUUCGCGGCGCCUAUACGAACCGCUACUUCCACCCUCCGCCAGCUACCCAAACCAUCACCACAAGCAUCACGACCUCUAAGCAUCCUCUCCCGCCUCCCCACUCGACCAACACUACCAACAUCCUCCUUCUCCGCGCCAUCCACCACACUCCCCGGCGCCCUUCCUACGUCAUCCACACAGCCGGCACCACAACAGCUCGCAUUACAGGUCCGGACGGCGAUACGAGAUACAUACAACCCCAGCCAUCGGAUACGGAAGCGGCGGCAUGGCUUCCUUUCGAGAGCGCGGACACGGACGGGGAGGAGGACGUUGAAGCGGCGGAUGGCGAAGAAGAGGAGCACUUUGAGUCAUUGA